UGGCCGUCGACGUCGCCGGCUCGGCCUCCCGCGCUCUACCCCGAGCUACCACCUCCGCUGGCUCCUCCCUUUUGCUGGCGUCGCUGUCCAUGUCUGGCUGGGAUCUAGACUUCUCCUCCAAGCCGGAUAGGGAGGGGGUCGGAGAUGCUCUGAAUUUCAAGGACGCAUUUUUCUGUGAGCAGAGCACGCACAUGCUGUCACGAGAUAGAAAUCCAGGACGCUGGUCUCCAGGUAGUAACUCUUGCAGAAAUCAACUAUUUUUCACUACUCACAUUUAGUCUCUUCUGCUGCUAGAGUUACUAGCAAUGAUAUCUUAAAAAAUACGGAGUACUUAACUUCAAGUGGAGUCAGUGGGUACAUUUUCUAUGAGCACACACAUGCUUUCACAUGGCGGCUCGACAAAGUUACUUAUAUGAAGAGUAUUUUAGGAAUGCUUUCACAUGGUGGCUAGAGAUCUCUCCCAGACUAAUCCUACUGCUCACAAGAUAGAAAUCCAGGACACUCGUCUCCAGGUAGUAACUCGAUCCUACAGGAAUCAACUAUUGUUCACCACUCACAUUUAGUCUCUUCUGCUGCUAGAGUUACUAAAUAGUAAUGAUAUACAGUAUUAAGAAUAGUUAACUUCAAGUGGAGUCAGUGGGUGCAUUUUUCAAUGAGCGCACACAUGCUUUCACAUGGCGGCGUCGGCAAAGUUUCUGAUAAGAUGAAGGAAUGCUUUAUGAAUUGAAGUGGCCGACCAACCGCAUCGAGGUGCGCGGAAAGUGAACACGCUCUUGUCCAAUUUGCACUGGAUCUGAAUCUGCACAACCCCGCAUCAUUUCUCCUCUGCAUAGCACUUGUGUUUCCUGUGGCAGCUGUGUGUGUGUUCUUGUGAGCUGGGAGCUGUGAGAGCAACAAUGGCGGAGUUUGUAGUCAGGCCGCUGGUAUCCAUGUUGACAAACAAGGCGUCCAGCUACCUGCUGGACCAGUACAAGGUGAUGAAUGGCAUGGAGGAGCAGCGUGAGACCCUCAAGCGCAAGCUUCUGGCGAUCUUGGACGUCAUCCAAGAUGCGGAGGAGAAAGGAGCUUCCCGGCCUGGAGUGAGUGCUUGGCUCGAAGCACUCAGGAAGGCAUCGUAUGAGGCGAACGAUGUCUUUGAUGAGUUCAAGUAUGAGGCCCUCCGGCGUGACGCCAAGAAGAAGGGACACUACAAGAAGCUUGGCUUUGACAUCGUAAGCCUCUUCCCUGCUCACAACCCCAUUGUAUUUCGUUACAGGAUGGGCAAGAAGUUGUGCAGGAUUGUGCGCAAAAUUGAGGGCCUUGUCAGAGAGAUGAAUGACUUUGGAUUCAACCAAACUCAGCAAGCACCACCAUCCAACCAGUGGCGCAACACAGAUUCCAUAAUAAUUGACUCUGAGAAGGAUAUCGUCAGCAGGUCCAGAAAUGAAGAGAAGAAGAAGAUCAUGGAUAUAUUGAUUGAUCAAGCUGGCGAUAGGGAUCUCAUCGUCCUUCCCAUUGUUGGAAUGGGUGGGCUGGGCAAGACCACCUUUGCUCAGCUUGUCUACAAUGACCCUGCAAUCAAGGAGUAUUUCCAGCUCCAGAGGUGGUGUUGUGUGUCAGAUGAUUUUGAUGUUGUGAAGAUUGCAAACAACAUCUGCGAGACCAAUGAGAUCCAUCGUGAAAAGGCAUUGCGGAACCUUCAAAAUGAAGUAAGUGGAAAGAGAUACCUUAUUGUGUUGGAUGAUGUAUGGAAUGAGGAUGCUGAUAAGUGGGAAAAACUCAAGACCUGCCUGAAGCAUGGUGGCAAGGGGAGUGCAAUACUAACGACCACUCGUAAAGCGCAAGUGGCUCAAAUUAUGAAGAUGUGUAUUGAUGAUAGCCAUAACUUGGGGAAGCUACAUAAAGUAUUUCUGAAGGAAAUCUUUGAGAACAGAGCAUUUUGUUUGCAUAAGCCAAGCGCUGCUGAGCUAAGUGGUAUGGUUGAAAAGAUUUUGGACAAAUGUGGGGGCUCUCCUUUAGCUGCCAAAGCCUUUGGAUCAAUGUUGAGUAACAAGAAUAGCAUGAAAGAAUGGAUGAAUGUGCUAACCAGAAGCAACACUUGUGAUGAGGACACAGGAAUUUUAUCUAUACUCAAGCUCAGCUAUGAUGACCUUCCAUUACACUUAAAACAAUGCUUUGCUUUUUGUGCAUUGUUUCCCAAAGAUUAUGAGAUUGAUGUUGAAAUAUUAAUCCAGCUAUGGAUGGCACAUGAUUUCAUACCACUAAAGAAAGGUGACCAUCUUGAAAAGGUAGGCAAAGAAAUUUUUGAUGAGCUAACUUGGAGGUCAUUCUUUCAAGAUGUCAAGCAAACCUCUCAAAGAGAAUAUCAUCACUAUGAGCUCCGUUCUAGAACAAUAUGCCACAUACAUGAUCUUAUGCAUGACAUUGCCUUGUCUGUUAUGGGAAAAGAUUGUCUUACAUUAGUUGAUAGGCCUAAUCAAAAGGAGUUGUUGUCAAAAGGCUCUGCUCGUCACAUGUUCUCAUCAUAUCGCCAUAUGGGAAUGCUUUUGGAUGAUUAUCUGAAGAAACACUCUACAUCUCUCCAAACACUGUUGUAUCCAGAUAGCUUCAGUCAAGGCUCAGCACCACACUUGUCGAUGUACAGUCAUCUGCGAGCACUGCAACUCUUUGAAUUGAGGAAACUUCCACUCCGACCAAGGCACCUACAGCACCUGAGGUAUCUUGAUCUCUCAUACAACUGGUGUAUCAAUGAGCUUCCCAAAGAAAUAAGCGUAUUGUAUAAUCUGCAGACUCUUAAUCUUACCUUCUGCAUUAAUCUUGAUCGACUUCCAAAGGAUAUGAAGUAUAUGACUAAUCUCCGUCACCUCUAUACAAAUGGAUGCCCAUCAUUGAAGUGCAUGCCUCCAGACCUCGGGCAACUCACUUCCCUACAGACUCUUACGUAUUUUGUGGUGGGUUCUAGUCAUGGUUGCAGUACUAUUAAAGAACUACAGGACUUAAAUCUUGGUGGUGAAUUAAAGCUAUCUGGUCUUCACUAUGCAAUAGAAGAAGAUGCUAAAGCAUGCGGCCUUGGAAACAAAGAGAAACUCACACAUUUAUCUCUUGAAUGGAAUGAUGAUAGUACUGAGGAACUGGACCAGCAAAGGAAUGUGCUUGAUGCUCUUAAACCUCAUGCCGCACUGGAGUUUCUACAAAUAAACUCCUAUAAAGGUAUUGGAUUCCCGACAUGGGUGACAAGUCUUAAUGUUCUGCAGCGUUUGACCAAGCUCCACCUAGAUGGUUGUACAAUGUGUGAGGAGUUUCCCCAAUUCGGUCAAUUUAACGCCCUUGAGGUUCUUGUUUUGGAAAGGUUAAACAAACUGCAAAGCCUAUGUAGUCACAAUUCAUCUGCAGCAUUUCCAGCACUAAAAGACCUCAGAUUAGCAAAUUUGGAACUUUUUGGGAGAUGGGUGGCAAGUACAAAAGGAGAAGAACUAGCGUUUCCUGUACUUGAGAAAGUUCAAAUUGAGAACUGCCCAAAGCUAACAACUCUGCCUGAAGCACCAAAACUGAAAGUUAUGAAGCUAAGAGAAGAAAAAGCUCAACUAUCCUUGUCAAUAUUUCGAUCCAGGUACAUGUCUUGCUUGUCUAAAUUAUCCGUGCUUGUCAGAGAUACAGAAGCAACACCAACACUGAAGGUCGACCGGUGCUGUGAAGUAUCUCUGUUGGAAUUGUGGUUGGAUGGUUGCAACUUUUUGUUCCCCUCAAAUCCAUCACAGCCAGCAGUUGCAGUCUGGAAAUGGUUUGGUCAGCUAGAGGAAUUAGUGAUCGAAGAUUGUGAUAUUCUCACCUACUGGCCUGAAGAAGAGUUUCAAAGCUUAAUAUCAUUGAAGAGUUUAACCAUCGAUAACUGCAGCAAGCUAAUGGGAUAUCGUACUCGAGGAAGGGAUCAACUCCUGCCAAAUCUAAUAAAACUAAGGAUAUAUAAUUGUGAAAGCCUGACAGAGCUUUUCGUUCUCCCCACAUCUCUUGUGCAUAUUUUCGUUGUUGAGUGUGAUAGUCUUGAGUCCAUACUGGGGCAGGAUGAUAGAGAGUUGGAGAGUCUACAAAACUUUGAUACAACAGCAUCGUUGGAACACUGCAGUGACCUUGCACCCACAAGUAUGCCAGAGCAGUCACUUACAGCCAGAAUUAAUCCUUUGCCAUGUCUCAAGACUUUAUCAAUAGGUGACUGUAAGAAGCUUUGUUUCGUCCCAGCACAGUUGGAUGCACUCCUAGUUCUGUACAUUGAUAAUUGCAAUGUGCUGGAGUCGCUUGAUUGUUUGGGAGACCUGCCGUUACUGACAACACUAAAUCUUCAGAGGUGCAAACGUUUGGCAUCUGUUCCACGUAGUUUUGGCAAUUACUCAGCCCUUCGGGAGCUCACUAUUGAAUACUGCCCAGCUAUAAAUAUGAAGCCUCUUUAUGGACAACGGCUUGAUAGCCUUGAAAUCAAGGAUCUGUCUCAUGCUGGUUUAUGCGAUCCUGAUGAAGGGCACCAAACUUAAAGAAUCGGUCAACCUGGCUGAGGAGGAACGCUUGGAUCAACCUUUCCAGUGAGGCAAAACUAGUGCAUGUGGUAGCUCUGACCAUGCAGGGCCUAAAUUAUGGGAACCAAAAUCUUGGAAAUAUGCUGUUUCAGGACGUCAGUGGGAUGCUUAACUCGAGGACUGAACACUGAACAGAGAUAUGCAUACAAUGUAUAUGUGUGGAAUCAAUAUUCGCACCUUGAGUCAUACAAGUUUGAUGGCUGAAAGAUUGAUUAAUUCUGUUCUUUUUAUUGGGCUGGAUGUAUGAAUUCUUGCAGGAUUGUGGCUCCUACACAUACAAAUGACCAACAUAAUCAAUAACUGCCCUAUUCAAGGGGAUCUUCAGUUAGAAGUGAUCCUGUUUUACUGUUCCGUAAGCUCUGAUGGAAAUACGCCGCCCAAAGAUCUGAAGCUUCGACAAAAUGAAUCCCAAGUUGCACAAGUGGACAGAUAAGGGCCUAAACUACGGGAACCAAAAUCCUGGAAAUACGCUAUUCCUGGAUGUCGGUGAGCCGGCAGCUUCAGUUGAGUACUGAACAGAGAAUCAGAGAUACGCAUACCAUGAUAGUGGCUCGUCCACAUACAAAUGAUCAACAUAAUUGAUGAUUCUCGUGCCCUCUUUAAGUGAAUCUUCGGUGUCGUGUUCUAUUCUUUUUCCUGUUUCACAAGCUCUAAUGAAAAUAAGCCGCUCAAAAACCAGAAGCUUGGAAAAAAUAAAUGCCAAGCGACAAGUUGAAGAUCUGGAGAGAGAAGGCCGUGUUCCGUAAGCUCUGAUGGAAAUAAGGCGCUCGAAGAUCAGAAGCUUGGCGAAAAUGAACUCCAAAGUUGCAGAACUGGAACGAGAAGCUCGUGCUGAAACCUGUUCACUUUGUGCAGAACAAACAAGCAUGUCCUUGCACAAAUCAUAUAUGAGUAUCAUGUCCACUGAAACUUUUGCUUGUGGCAUGUGCACAGUUAAUUCAAGAUAGCGGCUUGUGCGUGUGUUUUUGCCAGUCUUAUGAUAAAGAUUUUGACGCAAAUACAAAAGACUAUUUGUCGA